AUGAUUCUCUCUUUUUCUUACUCUUUCUCUUCUUUAUUCGUAUACUCUUUUUCUCAACCUUUCUCUUUCUCUCCUUUAUUUAUUCCUAUUCUUUUUUCACACACUUUCUCUUUUUCUUCUUUAUUUAUUCCUAUUCUUUUUUCUCACCCUUUCUCUUUUUCUUCUUUAUUUAUUCCUAUUCUUUUUUCUCACCCUUUCUCUUUUUCUUCUUUAUUUAUUCCUAUUCUUUUUUCUCACCCUUUCUCUUUUUCUUCUUUAUUUAUUCCUAUACUCUUUUUCUCACCCUUUCUCUUUUCUUCUUUAUUUAUUCCUAUACUCUUUUUUCUCACCCUUUCUCUUUUUUCUUCUUUAUUUAUUCCUAUACUCUUUUUUCUCACCCUUUUCUUUUUUCUUCUUUAUUUAUUCCUAUACUUUUUUCUCACCCUUUCUCUUUUUCUUCUUUAUUUAUUCCUAUUCUUUUUUCUCACCCUUUCUCUUUUUCUUCUUUAUUUAUUCCUAUUCUUUUUUCUCACCCUUUCUCUUUUUCUUCUUUAUUUAUUCCUAUACUCUUUUUCUCACCCUUUCUCUUUUUCUUCUUUAUUUAUUCCUAUACUCUUUUUCUCACCCUUUCUCUUUUUCUUCUUUAUUUAUUCCUAUACUCUUUUUCUCACCCUUUCUCUUUUUCUUCUUUAUUUAUUCCUAUACUCUUUUUCUCACCCUUUCUCUUUUUCUUCUUUAUUUAUUCCUAUUCUUUUUUCUCACCCUUUCUCUUUUUCUUCUUUAUUUAUUACUAUACUAUUUUUCUUAUUUUCUGUUCUUUUUUGUCCUGUUGAUAUUUUUUCUGUUUUUUUUCUUUAUAAAUUCUCCAACUCUAUUUCAAUUCUUUACUUCCCCCCCUUUCAUUUUCCCCUUCACUUUCACUUUUCUUUCCAUUUUCUUUUCCUUUUUUUCCUUUUCCUUCCUUUUCCCAUUCCCUCCUUUUCUCCUUUUCUUUCCUUUUCUCCUUUUCUUUCCUUUUCCCCUUUUCUUUCCUUUUCCCCUUUUCUUUCUCUUUUUUUCUCUUUUCCCCUUUUCUUUCCUUUUUACCCUGUUCUUUCCUUUUUACCCUGUUCUUUCCUUUUUCCCCUUUUCUUUCCUUUUUCCCCUUUUCUUUCCCAUUAUCUUACUCUUUUUUUUCUCUAUUUUACCCAUUUUCUUUUUUCCCUUAUAAUUCUUCUACUUAAAUUUUUUUCUAUUUUUGACCUUUUUUCUUCUUUUCUCUUCUCACAUUAUUUUUGCCAUUUUUCACAUCUUUACUUGUCUUUCUCUUUUUUGCCAAAUUUUUCCAUCUUUUCUCUUUUCUCUUUUUCUUUUCCUUUCUUAAGCUUUGUCGUAAUACGGCCAACUGCAAGCAGCAGCCGGCAACCAGAAUGGUACCAAAUGGUUACUGUAAAGAAAAAUUGUCCUGAUGAUUUACGCAUUAAGAUUGCUGUUCGAAUGGACAAACCACAAAACAUGAAACAUUGCGGGUAUCUGUUUGCAUUGGGGAAAACAGUUUGGAAAAAAAGCAAAAAGAGAUACUUUGUUUUAGUUCAGGUCUCGCAAUACACAUUUGCAAUGUGCAGUUACCGUGAGAAAAAACCAGAACCGACUGAAAUGAUGCAACUUGAUGGCUUUACUGUAGAUUAUACAGAGCCACACCCGGAAUUUACUGAAGGUGGCAAGUGCUUCUUUAACAUUGUGAAAGAAGGAGAUACGGUCACUUUUGCUACUGAAGAUGAAACUGAACGUACACUGUGGGUUCAAGCAAUAUACCGAGCAACUGGGCAGACACACAAGCCUGUCCCACCCGUGAUGCAAACAAACAAGAUUAGCAAUACUCAGAUCUCGAGAAUGCAGGGAGAUGCAGAUCGAGCUCGAAAACAUGGAUUGGAUGAAUUUGUCCAGGCAAAUCCUUGCCUUUUUGAUCAUCAUGAAAUGUUUAGCCUCUUACAGAGUUUAUCUCUUGAUUAUAGAUUAAAUGAUGCUUACACAUCUUUGGGUUGGUUUAGUCCAGGUCAAGUUUUUGUUUUAGAUGAAUAUACUGCACGCUAUGGCGUUCGUGGUUGUCACCGGCAUCUUUGCUAUUUGAAUGACUUAUUGACUCGAGCUGAGAAGGGAACCAUGAUCGAUCCAACCUUGAUUCACUACAGCUUUGCAUUUUGUGCUUCUCAUGUACAUGGAAAUAGACCUGAUGGCAUCGGAACAGUUCUUUUAUCUGAGAAGGAAAAGUUCGAUGAAAUCAAGGAGCGAUUGCGUGUACUAUUAGAAAAUCAGAUUACGAACUUCAGAUACUCCUUUCCUUUCGGGAGACCUGAAGGUGCUCUGAAAGCAACUUUAUCUUUGUUAGAACGGGUUCUGAUGAAAGAUAUAGUUACACCAGUCACUCCUGAAGAAUCCAUUGUCUUCUUUUUUCUUCUCCUCUACUCUCUGCUUGACUUUCUCAGUGAUUGA